CCCGCGCGCUCUCCCCGCCCGGCCCCCGCCGCACGGCCCGCGGCUGCCAUGGCAACCCUGCGCCGCCGCCGCCUCUUCACGCACGUCGCCAACUAGCGGACUCCGCGGCGGCGGCCGGCGCCCCACCCCCACCCCACCUGGACCGCAUCGCCAACAGUGCGCCGACCUGCGGCACCUGGGUCUCUGAAAGAAGAUGAAUUUGGCUGAGAUUUGUGAUAAUGCAAAGAAAGGAAGAGAAUAUGCACUUCUUGGAAAUUAUGACUCAUCAAUGGUUUAUUACCAGGGGGUGAUACAGCAGAUUCAGAGACAUUGCCAGUCAGUCAGAGACCCAGCUAUCAAAGGCAAAUGGCAGCAGGUUCGGCAAGAAUUGUUGGAAGAAUAUGAACAAGUUAAAAGUAUUGUCAGCACUUUAGAAAGUUUUAAAAUCGACAAGCCCCCAGAUUUCCCUGUGUCCUGUCAAGAUGAGCCAUUUAGAGAUCCCGCUGUUUGGCCACCACCUGUUCCUGCGGAACACAGAGCUCCACCUCAGAUCAGGCGUCCCAGUCGAGAAGUAAGACCGCUGAGGAAAGAAAUGGCAGGAGGAGGAGCCCGGGGACCUGUAGGCCGAACACAUCCUAUAUCAAAGAGUGAAAAACCUGCAAGUAGGGACAAGGAUAAUAGAGCAAGAGGGAGAGAUGACAAGGGAAGGAAGAAUAUGCAAGAUGGUGCAAGUGAUGGCGAAAUUCCAAAAUUUGAUGGUGCUGGAUACGAUAAGGAUCUGAUAGAAGCCCUUGAGAGAGACAUUGUAUCCAGGAAUCCAAGCAUUCAUUGGGAUGACAUCGCAGAUCUGGAAGAGGCUAAGAAGUUGCUAAGGGAAGCUGUUGUUCUUCCCAUGUGGAUGCCUGACUUUUUCAAAGGAAUUAGACGGCCAUGGAAGGGUGUACUGAUGGUUGGACCACCAGGCACUGGUAAGACUAUGCUAGCUAAAGCUGUUGCUACUGAAUGCGGUACGACAUUCUUCAAUGUUUCCUCUUCUACACUGACGUCUAAAUAUAGAGGUGAAUCUGAGAAGUUAGUCCGUCUGUUGUUUGAAAUGGCGAAAUUUUAUGCCCCUACCACAAUCUUCAUCGAUGAGAUAGAUUCUAUCUGCAGUCGAAGAGGAACCUCUGAUGAACAUGAGGCAAGUCGCAGAGUCAAGUCUGAACUACUCAUUCAGAUGGAUGGAGUUGGAGGAGCUUUGGAAAAUGAUGAUCCUUCCAAAAUGGUUAUGGUACUGGCAGCUACUAAUUUUCCAUGGGACAUCGAUGAAGCUUUGCGAAGGAGAUUAGAAAAAAGGAUAUAUAUACCACUCCCAACAGCAAAAGGAAGAGCUGAGCUUCUGAAGAUCAAUCUUCGUGAGGUCGAAAUAGAUCCUGAUAUCCAACUGGAAGAUAUAGCAGAGAAGAUUGAGGGCUAUUCUGGUGCUGACAUAACUAAUGUUUGCAGGGAUGCCUCUUUAAUGGCAAUGAGACGACGUAUCAAUGGCUUAAGUCCAGAAGAGAUCCGUGCACUUUCUAAAGAGGAACUUCAGAUGCCUGUUACCAAAGGAGACUUUGAAUUGGCUCUAAAGAAAAUUGCUAAGUCUGUCUCUGCUGCAGACUUGGAGAAGUAUGAAAAAUGGAUGGUUGAAUUUGGAUCUGCUUGAAUUUCUGUCAGCUCCUUCAUGUCUGGUAUUAUUGUUUAUAACAUGUGAAGAAUUCCUGCAAUUUUU